AAAGAAUCACUCCACCAUGACUUUGAUCUUUGAUCAAAUCAAAAUUGAUCUUUGAUCAAUGGGAUUACUUUGUUGUUCAAAGAGGCACCCCCAAAUUUUGGGGUUAUUAAGAAAAUGGGCGAAACUCGACAUCAUUCAUAUCAAAUUUUCCGAAACUCAAGUACAGAGUAUUAAUAUAUACUAUGUAGUGGUAUUUUUAUAAGCAAAAUUUUCGGGGUUUUCGGAGUUAGGAAAGGUGGAUAACUUUCAGAAAAGAAAAGAGAAAGUGCAAGCUUCAUAGUCCAAAAACUGCUUCCAAAACGGAAAAUUAUAAACUGAAUCAAAGGUCGAAAAGCUUGUGAGUAUUCGGAGGAAUAAAGAAAGGUGGGAAGAACUUACAAAUGGUUGCGGCCGAAUUAGAAAUAAUGGCACAAGCAGAAGUUAAUUCACCAGCAAUGACAGUAACCAUAGAUCCCAAGAACAACCAUACAGACCAUAACCACAACCAUGGCAACGGCGAAUCCAACAAUAUUAAUACCAACAACAACAACAACAACAACAACAACAGCAACAACAGUAACAACUACGCGUUCCCGAGCUUGGGGCGGCAGUCUUCGAUCUAUUCUCUUACAUUGGAUGAGUUUCAGCACACUCUUAGUGAGAAUGGAAAGAAUUUUGGGUCGAUGAAUAUGGACGAGUUCCUAAACAGUAUCUGGACAGCUGAGGAGAACCAAGCUCAUCAUAGCCACCACCAUAAUGAACAGUCAAAUAAUAUUCAGCUGCCUUCUGUUAGUGUGGCAGCUUCUUCUAGUAGUAGGGGGCCAAUAGCUAAGCAGCCGAGUUUGCCUAGGCAAGGCUCUCUCACACUUCCUCCCCCGCUGUGUAGGAAGACUGUUGAUGAAGUUUGGACUGAGAUUCAUAGGAUUCAACAGCCUGAUGAUGAGCAACAGCAGAAUAAUCAGCAGCAGGAGCAACAGGUUGUAAAUUCCAAUGAUCCUCAGCGCCAAGCGACGUUUGGAGAGAUGACUCUAGAGGACUUCUUGAUUAAAGCAGGUGUUGUCCGUGAACAAUGUGGUCCCACAGCGCCAACACCAUUGACAGUGGCUCCCCCUCCGCCUCCAGCUCAGCUCCCACCUCACCAUCAGUUUGGGUUCAGCACUCCCCAGAUGGCCCCCACUUUCGUCACACGGCCUAUGAUGGGCAUGGCCGGAGGGGCCUUCCAGCCUAUGCCACCAAGUGCGGGAGAGAGUUCUGGUUACACGGGGAAUGGAAAGAGGAGUAAUGGAUAUCCAGCUCCAGUGGUAGGGCCCUCGGUGGCAUGUUAUGGAGGUCGGAUGAGUAAUGGAGGGGGGCCCGGUGGAGCUUUUGCAUCUGGGCCAGGGUUGUCACCAGUUAGCCCAGUUUCACCAGAGGGUAUGUGUGGACCGGGGCAAGUAGACAAUCCCGGUGGGCAGUAUGGGCUGGAUAUGGCAGUGUUGCGAGGGAGGAAGAGGAUAAUCGACGGUCCAGUGGAGAAGGUGGUGGAGAGGAGGCAAAGGAGGAUGAUCAAAAAUAGAGAAUCCGCUGCCAGGUCUAGAGCCAGGAAACAGGCGUAUACCGUAGAGUUGGAAGCAGAGUUAAACCAGUUGAGAGAGGAGAAUGCACAAUUAAAGCAGGCCCUGGAUGAAAUAGAGAGAGAAAAGAAGCAACAGUAUCACGAGGAGCAGCAUUUACAAGUAGUUCUGAGUAGGGCGCAGAGAGCUCAAGAAAAACUGAGAACAAUGAGGAGGAGUCGGAGCUGCACCCUUUAGGUUAGUUUCAAAGAGAAACCAUAGUCCAAAUAUAGUAACUAGUAGUAAAAGUAAGUAAUUAAUUAUGUAUGUAUUCUGAUCUUCUGAAAUGAAUAAUGUAGUAUUAUAGUAGUUGUUCUUUUAGAUGAUCUUAUACAGAAAGCGAAACAAGCAACUUUGCUUUUCUGUUGUCUU